CACCGAAUCUGCGCACUCGCAUGUUCAUUCUCGGUGGGGCGGAUAAGCCCGUUCGACUCGGCCGGAGCCGCCGCAUCCAAACGAGAGCGUAUCUCUCCUGAUGCUAGCAUUUCCAUCAGAUUUCUAGUUUCUAUUUUAACCAUCCCCACUUCAAUCGAGCUUUCAGUUGUUACGAUCGUUGGAAUUCCACUGAUCGAUUCCUAGGGUUUCGAUUUUCUCUCCGCGCAUACAAGCUUCGAUCUUGCGAUGAAUCCGCUGACGCUGGUGAAACGCAUACAGAAAAUCAAUUCCACGGAAGCGUCAUUAGGUAUCUCCGAAGAUGCUUCUUGGCAUGCCAAAUACAAGGAUUCCGCUUAUGUAUACGUCGGUGGCAUUCCCUUUGAUCUUACUGAGGGCGACCUCCUUGCAGUUUUUUCUCAGUAUGGGGAGAUAGUUGAUGUUAAUCUUGUAAGAGAUAAAGGCACUGGUAAAUCCAAAGGCUUCGCCUUUCUUGCAUAUGAGGACCAAAGGAGUACUAUUCUUGCUGUAGAUAAUUUGAAUGGAGCAAAGCUUCUUGACCGCAUUGUGAGGGUUGAUCAUGUUACUAAGUACAAAAAGAAAGAGGAAGAAGAUGAAGAGAAGGAACAACAAAAGAGGGAGGCUCGUGGUGUAUGCCGUGCUUUUCAAAGAGGGGAUUGUAACCGUGGAGCUGCAUGCAAAUUUUCUCAUGAUGAGCAAAGAAGCGCAAACACAGGUUGGGGUGCCAAGGACAGCGGUUCAAGAUGGGAUCAUGACAAGUACGAGGGUCCAUCGAAGAGGAACAGAAAACCAGAUCAUGUCGCCUCAGAUUAUGCACCGGGUACUAAAGUCAGAGAAGAGGAAUCAAAGUUAAGUUCAGCUGAUAAAGAUGGAUGGAGGUCCAGAGCAGAGGGCAAUGAUGGGGACAGGAGAAGCCACCCAAAGCGGAGCGAACCAAAUUUAAAAGAUCAGGAUAGAAGAGAAAUUGAGAAGCGAUUGGAGAAAUAUGAAAAGGAACCAUAUGCAAAAGAAAACCGGGAUAGGCAAGCAAAUGAGAAAGGGCCACGAAGGCAUGAGACUGAACCAGACGCUAAAGAAGGUCGGGAUAGGCAAGGAAGUGAUAAACGCUCAAGGUAUGAUCAGGAUGAAGACAAACCCAAUCCAAAAGAAGAUAGGGAAAGGCUCGGAAAUGAGAAGCGCUCAAGGUACAGUGAGGAUAGAGAUAAAACGAAUCCAAAAGACGAUUGGAAUAGGCAAGGAAGUGAGAAACGCUCAAGGUACAAUGAGGAUGAAGACAGACCCAAUCCAAAAGAAGAUCGGGAAAGGCAAGGAAGUGAGAAGCGCUCAAGGUACAAUGAGGAAAGAGAUCUAAUGAAUCCAAAGGAAGAUCGGGAUAGGAGAGUGGAUGAGAAACGGUUGGGAAGGCUUGAAUCAGAAACAAAUCCAAAAGAAGACCGGAAUAGGCGAGGAGGAAGUGAGAAGCCUUUAAGGUAUGGUGGGGAUGAGACCAAACAAAAUUCUAGAGAAGAUUGGAAUAGGGGAGAGAAUGAGAAACGGCAUGGAAAGUAUGAGACAGAACAAAAUCUAAAACGAGGCCGGGAUAGGGGAGGAGGUGAGAAACGAUCAAAGUAUGAUUAGGACAAGAUUGGACUAAAUCCAAAAGAACUGUGAGAAACUAUCGAGGUACAAUGAGUGCUCUUCUCACCAUCAUGCAGAGGAACAUGUAGUACACCACAGGAGCAUGUAGGUUGUGAAUUUGGUGAUGGAUCGGAUGGGAGCAUUUACAGCUUCUAAUGUGUGAGAAAUUUCGGGUAAGAUAUUACCCCCUUUUUUUGUUUUUCAUUCCUAUCUGUCAUCCAUCAUUUAAAGAUUGUUGUUAUAUUCCAUUGUCUACCUGACAUUUUAUGGUUUGAAGCCAGGGGGAAAUAUAAAAUGCUUGAUCAAA